AUGUGGAAAAUGUGAUAGUUUUCCAGCAUAAAAACUUGUGAUUUCAUCAUAUUUUCCUUCGUUGUCAACAGAAAUUAGUUGUUGACAUAAUGUUUAGACUUCUAAACCAUUACAGGCCGUUUCUCAGGAAAGGUUUAGGUUUUCCUGGCAGAAAACUUUGCUCCAAGGGAAAGGUGUCUGUUGUUGAAGAGACCCUACAGAAGUAUAAACAGGGAGACAAACUCCAUGGAUAUGUUGUAGAAAAGGUUGCAUCUGUUCCUGAGCUCCACUUGACAACUGUUAGACUCACACAUGAGAAAACUGGAGCACAACAUCUGCACUUGGCUAGACAGGACUCUAACAAUGCCUUCAGUGUUGCUUUUCGGACGACUCCAAUGGAUAGUACAGGUGUUCCCCAUAUUUUGGAGCACACCACUCUCUGUGGAUCACAGGAGUAUCCAGUCAGGGACCCCUUCUUCAAAAUGCUGAACAGGUCAUUGGCGACAUUCAUGAAUGCUUUCACAGGGAGUGACUGGACCAUGUAUCCAUUCUCCACACAGAACUCACAGGAUUAUGAAAAUUUAAUGUCGGUCUAUUUGGACGCUGUAUUUAACCCAAGGCUUCGAGAGGAAGAUUUCAGACAAGAAGGCUGGAGACUGGAACACGAGGACAACACUGACUCGACUUCACCAAUCAUAUUCAAAGGAGUGGUGUUUAACGAGAUGAAGGGCGUCUUUUCGAAUCCCCAGUACCAUUACGCUCAGUCUCUACAGAACAAGCUCUUCCCUAGUCACACCUACUCUGUGGUAUCUGGCGGUGACCCGAUCUGCAUCCCUGACUUGACUUGGGACCAGCUAAAGGAGUUCCAUGCCAGGCACUACCACCCAAGCAAUUCAAAAUUUUUCACUUAUGGGGACUUUCCUCUAGAAGUGCAUCUCGAGCGUAUAAACUCCGCCGUACUCCAACACUAUGAGAAGAUGCAACCAAACACAGCCGUACCGAAUGAAAACAAAUGGACAGAGGGGCGAGAGGUCCACAUCACGUGUCAGCCAGACCCGUUUGCACCAGACUUUAACAAACAGACAACAACUGGUGUAGCAUAUUUAUUAGGAGACAUCACCGACCCCUAUGAGACAGCGGUGGCUAGCUUGAUAGGUUCCCUCUUGGUUCAGGGCGAGACAUCUCCAUUCUAUCAGACAUUACUUGAGUCCAAUAUUGGGAAAGACUAUACGCCAGUGGUGGGUCACGAUGGCAACAAAAAGGAGGGGUACUUUUGUGUCGGUUUGGCGGGUGUAGCGUCGGAGGAGGUGGAGCGGGUGCGUGGGCUUGUUGACGCUACUUUUGAUGGCGUCGUGCAAAAUGGCAUUGAGCAGGAGCGCAUCGAUGCGUUGAUGCACAAGAUAGAACUGAGCAUGAAGCACCAGACACCAAAGUUUGGACUCAAUCUGAUUGUGGGCCUGGCGGGCGCCUGGAACCAUGAUGGAGACCCAGCCGAGACGCUCCAGAUCAACAAAUUACUCGAACGAUUCAAACAAAAUAUGAAAGACAACCCAAAAUACAUUCAAGACUGGGUGAAGAAGAAUUUCCAGGACAACCCUCACAAGCUUUACCUGACCAUGAGCCCCGAAGAUGGUUUCGAAAAGCGAAAACAGGAGGAGGAAAAAACGAAACUUGAUGAAAAGUUAUCGGCCUUGACUGAGCAAGACAAAGCGGACAUUUUUAGUAAAGGUUUACAGUUGGCGGAAGCACAGAAUGCAGCGGAGGACCUCAGUUGUUUACCGACGUUGAAAGUUUCUGAUAUCACCCGAGUAAAGGAGCAUUCACAGACGGACAUAGUGUAUGCUGAUGGCGUUAUAUGUAUCCAGUAUUGUCCACAGCCUACAAAUGAAGUGACGUAUUUCCGAGCUAUCGUUGACACGUUUGACCUCCCAUCGGAACUGAAGCCGUAUGUGACACUGUUCACUAAUGUCGUCACAAAAAUGGGUGCUGGUGAAAUGGACUUCAAGCAGUUAUCUCAACAAAUUGACAUGAAGACUGGUGGACUGUAUGCCAUCAACCAUCUGGCUAUGAAUCAUAAUAAUCUUGAUUCAUACGAACAGGGUAUCCUGUUAUCGUCACAUUGUCUUGACAGGAAUGUCGAGGACAUGUUCCAUUUAUGGGGAGAAAUAUUUCAUCGGUUAGAUCUGUCUGACACGAACCACCUCAUGACAAUAAUCAGAAUGACCGCCGCUGACCUCGUUGCCGGUUUAUCAGACAGCGGCCACAACUACGCCAACACGCAUGCUGGCAGCCAUCUUGUUCCUCUUGGAAAAGCGCAGGAGCAGCUCGGGGGAAUGGAGCAGGUGCUAUUGAUGAAGAAGAUUGCCGAGAUGACCGAUUUGACUCCGGUAGUGAAGUCAAUGCAACUGAUAGCUGAACAUGUCAUGAACUCCAACAAUAUCAGAUGCGCUGUGAAUGCCUCCCCUGAAAGUAUGUCAGACGUCACAAAACACACAGAGGACUUCUUACGAUCACUUCCGGGUAAACCACAUUUGUCAGGACUUUUCAUGAGAGAUGUGACAAACUUCGAACCUACGCCAUCCCGUGUACAUUUUGAGUGCCCGUUCCAAGUAAACUUUAUGGGAAAAGCGGUGCGGACUGUACCAUAUGUGCACGAGGAUUAUGCUAGUCUUCGAGUCUUGGCCCGACUACUGACGGCGAAAUAUCUACACCGCGAGAUUCGAGAAAAAGGUGGUGCGUAUGGAGGUGGUGCUACAGCUGCUAGGAUGGGAUUGCUGAGCUUUUACUCAUACAGGGAUCCCAACUCACUGAACACUCUAACCAAGUUCGACGAGUCCACGCUUUGGGCAGCUGAGGGAAAAUUCACAGAGCAAGACAUUGACGAAGCAAAGCUGGCGGUGUUCCAGGAGGUCGACCAGCCCGUUGCCCCCGGUGAUAAGGGCAUGGUGACCUUUCUGACAGGGAUCACGGACGAGAUGAAGCAGAUCCAAAGAGAACGCUUAUUUGACGCGAAUAGAAAAAAUUUGAUGAAUGUCGCUCAGAAGUAUCUAGUCCCAGAGAAACAGCUAAGCUCAGUUGCUUUCUUAGGACCUGAAAAUGCCACAGUGAAACAGGACGAUAAGUGGGAGGUCAGAGUACAGAACAACUGAGGACGAUGGGUGAAUUUAAUGGUGCAGUGCAUGAGGACUGGCUAACAUAUCUUUACGAGGACUGAUGGGUCAUGAUAACCUUGGGAGACGUACUAUUGUUGGUCUCCUUUGAGGCACUCAGUGAUUUCAUGGAGCACCAGUGCACAUGCUUGAGCUCAAGCUGUGAAGGAUUAAACAAUGACCAAUGGGCGGUGGGGUCCUCACUUUAGGUCCUUCAUAAGGAGGAGGAUUUUGUCCAGUCACUGUGUACAAGACUGCAGUUUCUGUCACGACCUCAACUCGACAAGCCUGAGCAUUUGGGAACUCCCCUUCCCUAGCUGAUCAAGCUAAGCCAUCACUCUGGAUUCUGGAGGUCAUGGGUUCAAAUCAUAGCAGGAUCUUUGUCGAUUUUCCAUGAGCAGAAUAGAUGAAGUACAUGUAAAGAACAACCAGCAGAAUUUUUGUUAGAAAAAUAUAUUUUUCAAAAAGUACAUAAUUGAAUCUUAGAAAAUAUUGUUAACAAAAAACAUUCACUUCAAGUAAACCACCAACAACUGAGUAUAGUUCUGAUAAAUAUAUACAUAGAUUAAAUGGUUACACCUCUGCAUUGCCUUGAAUACUACAUGUACAUAAUACAUGUACAUGUACAGGAAAUGUCAUGAUAAUAUUUUUGUUGUGAGUAGCAUUUGUCUCAAAUAACUGUCGAUUCACUCAUCAGUUCUUUAUACAUGUAUCACAAGUUCUGUUGCGAUAUUACACAUAAAUGAAUUCUUACAUAAGUUUUCAUUUUCCCA